AUGAAGUGGGUCGUCGAGUCGUCUCCGACGGCUGUCACCCGGCGGAGCGGAAAAACAGCGACUUUGCGGCUCUCCGGCGGCUGUCACCCGACGGAGAGGAGCUGGAUGGAGGUGGGGCGCGUGUCAGGGAGCUUCAUCCUCAGGUCCACGCAGCAAGGGGAGGCUCUUCAUCGCAUCUGGUACGCUCUCAGGAGGUGGCGACUCGUCUCCCGGUGGAUCGUCCUCUUCCCGACGACGGCUUGUUCGUCGAUCAAUCGGAGAUGA